CUUCUCCCUUGAGUUGCUUUCGUUCCCUCUUGCGUCUUGUCGUGUGUGUUUUGUCAGUGUGUGAGCUCCCAUCUGUGUGCAGCGAUGGCCGAGCUGGAGGGCCUCGAGUUCGGGAAGUCAGACUUUGUCCUCCUGGAUGAGGUGACCAUGGAGCAGUUUAUGGAAAAUCUCAAGUUGAGGUUUGAAAAGGGCCGCAUCUACACGUUCAUCGGCGAGGUGGUGGUCUCCGUCAACCCGUACAGGCACAUGGACAUUUAUGGGAAAGAGAACAUCGAGGCUUACCGGGGACGGGAGCUGUACGAAAACCCUCCUCACCUCUACGCCGUGUCUGAUGCAGCUUACAAAGCCAUGAAGAGACGGGCCAAAGACACCUGCAUCGUCAUAUCAGGUGAAAGUGGGGCAGGAAAGACUGAAGCGAGCAAGUACAUCAUGCAGUACAUUGCAGCAAUCACAAACCCGAGCCAGAGGGCUGAGGUGGAGAGUGUGAAGAAUGUGCUGCUCAAGUCCAACUGUGUGCUGGAGGCCUUCGGGAACGCCAAGACAAAUCGCAACGACAACUCCAGCCGCUUCGGCAAGUACAUGGACAUCAACUUCAACUUCAACGGCGAUCCCACCGGGGGCCACAUCAACAACUACCUGCUGGAGAAGUCUCGGGUGGUCCAGCAGCAAAACGGCGAGAGGAACUUCCACUCGUUCUACCAGCUGCUGCGCGGAGGCUCUCCUGAGAUGCUGGAGGCGUUUCACCUGCAGAGCAACCCCGCUCUGUACGUGUACACCAGAGAGGGAGCCGAGUCCACUACGUCCAGUAACGAUCGUUCAAACCACAAAGCGGUGAUGACGGCGCUGGAGGUGAUCGGCUUCUCUAAAGAGGAGAUCGACUCCGUUUACAGGAUCCUGGCCACCAUCCUCCUUCUGGGAAACAUCCAGUUUGAGAGUGACGGGGAGGAUGUGCGCAUCGUGGACCUGGACGCCGUGAACCACAUCGCCGAGCUGACCGCCACCGAGCCCGACAACGUCAGCAAGGGCCUGCUGUACCGCACCGUGGCCACCGGGGGCGGCGAGGUCAUCGAGAAGGGACACUCGGAGCAGGACGCCUGCUUUGGACGGGACGCUUUCGCCAAGGCCCUCUAUGAAAGACUUUUUGGCUGGAUCGUCGGCCGCAUCAACUCGGUCAUCGAAGUUAAAGACUACAACCCGGUGCUUCAUGGGAAAAACACAGUCAUCGGCGUGCUGGAUAUCUACGGCUUCGAGAUCUUUGACAAUAACAGUUUCGAGCAGUUCUGCAUCAACUACUGCAACGAGAAGCUGCAGCAGCUCUUCAUCGAGCUGAUCCUGCGCCAGGAGCAAGACGAGUACCAGAGAGAGGGCAUCACCUGGCAGCACAUCGACUACUUCAACAACCAGAUCAUCGUGGACUUGGUGGAGCAGCCGCACAAAGGCAUCAUCUCCAUUCUGGACGAGGCCUGCCUCACUGUCGGCAAAGUCACCGACACCGUCUGCCUGGACAGCAUGAACACCAAACUGGCCCAGCACCCCCACUACACGUCCCGCAAGCUCAACCCCACCGACAAGACCUUAGACUUUCAGAAACACUUCCGUAUUCGCCACUACGCCGGCGACGUCACAUAUUCUGUCGAGGGCUUUUUGGACAAGAACAAGGACCUGCUCUUCCAAGAUUUCAAGCGUCUCAUGUACAACAGUGCCAACCCGGUCCUGACGGAAAUGUGGCCAGAUGGUCAGCUGAGCAUCACAGAAGUCACCAAGCGGCCCCUGACCGCCGCCACGCUCUUCAAGAACUCGAUCGUGGCCUUGGUGGAUAAACUGGCUUGCAAGGAGCCGUACUACGUCCGAUGCAUAAAGCCCAAUGAGAUGAAGUCCCCCAUGUUGUUCGACGACGCCCGCUGCCAGCACCAGGUGGCCUACCUCGGCCUGCUGGAGAACGUCAGGGUGCGCAGGGCCGGCUUUGCCUACCGGCAGCUGUACGCACGCUUCCUGCAGCGGUAUAAAAUGACAUGUGAGUACACGUGGCCGAACCACCUGAUGGCCUCGGACAGGGAGGCUGUGGAGGCCAUCGUCACCCAGCACGGUUUCCAGGACGACGUGGCCUACGGGCACAGCAAGCUGUUUGUCCGAACGCCUCGCUCACUGUUCACCCUGGAGCAGGAGAGGGCGGCGCUCAUCCCCAUCCUGGUGCUUUUCCUGCAGAAGGUGUGGCGUGGGGCUCUGGCUCGUAUGAGGUGCCGGCGUAUGAAGGCCAUCUACACCAUCAUGGGCUGCUAUAAGCGCUACAAGGUCAAGGCUCACUUCUGGGAGGUGGAGCGCCGGUUCGCGAACGUGCGCACCACGGCCGACUACGGCAAGAGUGUGGAGUGGCCGGCCCCCCCUGCUGCCCUGGCCCAGUUUCACAGCGUCACCUUCAUGCUGCAUCGCAGGUGGUGGGCGAGGCAGAUCGUGAAGAACAUCCCUCCGUCUGACAUGCCGGAGGUUCGGGCCAAAGUGGCGGCUCUUGGUGCUCUGAGCGGGGAGAGGAAGGACUGGGGCGUCAGCCGGGCCUGGGAGAGAGACUAUCUGGCCAACGUGCGAGACUGCCCCCAGACCAGCACCAGCUUCGUCAGGGUUUCCAAGGAGCUGAGGAACAAAGAUCAGUUCGGGCAGGUCCUGUUCUCCGGCUCCUGCAGGAAGGUGAACCGAUUCAACAAAAGCACAGACCGCGGCCUGCUCGUCACAGACAAGCACGUCUACAAAUUAGAGCCGAAGAAGCAGUACAAGGUUCUGAAGAGGCUUCCCUUAGACUCGUUGACAGGCCUGAGUGUGACCAGUGGGGUGGACCAGAUGGUGGCGCUACACACGUCCAACCAGGACGACAUCCUGCUGUGCCUGCAGCGGGGGCAGCUGCACCCCAACCAGGACCGGGUGGGCGAGCUGGUGGGCGAGCUGGUCGACCACUUCACACGUAUAAGGAAGACGUCCUUUCCAGUGAAGGUGUGCCGUUCAGCCGUCCAGCUACACAUGCGGGGUAAACCCAAGACUGUCACCGUGGAAACCAAGGCGGGCCAAACCAUCGCAGAUUUCAAGAAGAGCAAGGACGGCUUUACGCUGCUGCUGCCCGCCAACUGAGGCCAUCCACCCGAGCAGCAGCAGCCUUACCUCACGACCUCGGACGAGACCGCCGUGGCUCUGCGUUGGCGGCUAGCCCGUCGCCGCAGCUUCCAGGAGCUUCUCCGAGGAAUUAAGGAGUUUAAAAAGGUGUUUCCCUGAGACCUCUGCACCUCCGGUCGAGCUUUUCUGAAAACGGUGCCUCUCAAAACAUGGCGUAUGAAUGCGAUCACAGCGAGGUUCAGGUACGCAGCGAAUAAAUCCGGGCAGGGAUGCACGGCUGUCUUCCACGAUUGUCUUUCUCAGCUGGCGGGAAGCCGUUGUCAUUCCUGCUUUGCCUUAAAAGACUUACUUGUAAGGAUUGUUUGAAACUUUUAAAGAAAUUGAGGUUUUAAAGUAUUAUCCCAGAGCAGAAUUACUGGCAUUGUGCGCUUUCUUUAAUCCUGAGCUGCGGGAAUAAAAUAUUUUCAUGGACAAUAAGCAAAGCGCCGAAUAGUUUUGGAGGCAAAUUUGAGAGGAAUUACCAGGUUAUUAUGUGCAGAGGCUCACGGCUUAAGAUUUUAGCUUCAAAAAGAGACUCUGUUGCAGUAUGCAUAAUAUUGUCUUUGCUUUUACAUAUAAUUUUUUGCUGUUAAACAUGAAGACUUUUUUUUAAAAUAUUUUUCAAAAAGAAUGAGUGAUAGAAUGAAUGAGUGAAGCUACUGUGUGUGAUGAGGAAAUACUGUAAAGCACAGAAGAAGACAGCACAUCUCACAUAUAUAUUUUUGUACAUCCAGCCGAAUUAUUUCACUGUCUUUGCAAAACGAGUUCCUAUUUUUAAUGCACUGCCUCACGUUGCUGGCUGCAAAAGGAAGGCUGUGAAAAUUACUGCACGUCAGAAGUAAUAAAGAGGAGAAAGAAAAACAAAAAAGUAGAAUGAAAUAAAUUAUUCACAGUGUACUCACAUUCUCUGUGUGGUUGGGAAUUUCUUCCUAAUGCGUUUCCACAUGAAUAUACAGUAAUCUCAACUGUAGCUGCAGACGCUAAUAAAGUCUACAUCACACACUGAUAACAGUCUUCUCCAAUGUAUUUGGUGUUGCUCUGAAGGAAGAUAGGAGAAGAUGAAAG